AGUGAUUUUCACUUAUUACUAGAAGUAAUUUUCGGUGUCGAUCUGUGUAAGCAAUGAAGGUAAAGUUCGUAAAGUUGGACAAACUUUAGUUCAGGUUACAGAUAUAUUGUUAUCGAUUGUUAUAUAAAUAUUCAGAAUUAUUAUCGUUUGUUUAUGUAAAACUGUAUUAUCACCGUUUGAUAAAAGAUGUUACGCUUGAUUCCAAAUAAAAUUCUGUCACAGAGAGGAAACUUGUUACUGUUACGAACUUUAUGCAUAAAAGCAAAGUCAACAAAAACGCGCAAGCAAUCGGCUACAGAUGGAAAUGUUCCAGGGCUCAGUGACAGAUGCCUUAAAGUCCCGAAAGCACCUGUAGGUCCAGGUGCAUCUAAGGAUAAAGAAUACAAAAAUCCAGAAUAUUUUUGUUAUACCAUAGACAGCUUUGGGGAAGCAGAAGUUGAACUAGAAAAAUAUAGAUUACCAGCACCUUCUAACAAAGUAUCCGCUAAACAAUAA